UACUGCUAGGACACACACACUGAAAGAUCUCCAGCCUGGUGAUAUUCUUAUUAUUAUGGACUGGGCCAUGAAAUUCUUACCAAUUACAUUUAGAGAAAAACAGAGCGACUGGUAUGGCCAGAAGGGCAUAAAUUGGCACGUGUCUGUGUGCAUUUACAAGGAUGAAAACUCAAAUUUAAAGCAUAGAACAUUCGCUCACAUGUUGGAUGGAGUGCGUCAAGACUGGUUAGCGGUUGCCUGUCUUUUGGAAGACACACUUCAUCAUGUGAAACUGCAACUUCCCAGUACAACAAGGGCAUUUAUUCGGAGUGAUAAUGCCGGGUGCUACCAUUGCGGCAAUCUAUGGCUUGCCAUACCAGGCAUCAGUAGGCGCACUGGAGUGUUCAUAGACCGCUACGAUUACAGUGAGGCCCAAAGUGGGAAGUCCUACUGUGAUGCUAAAAUAGCCCACAUGAGAGGGAAGUUUAGCAAAGUUGUCGCAUCAGGAUAUAACAUCCUUACAGCAGCCAACAUGAAGUCUGCCAUAGACCUGUAUGAAGGAACAACUGGAUGUCAAGCAGCACAUGUUAAGCUCCAGGGAUUUCCUCCUUCUACAGCUAAGUGCCCAAUAAAGGGCAUAACCAAGAUUUCAAAUGUCAAGUUUGAACCAAAGCAUCUAACAACUUGGAGGGCCUUCAAUAUUGGCACAGGCAAGCAGUUGCCUAUUGAACAUGAAAACAAUGACCUGGCAGAAUUAGAAAUUAUAUCUGAUUUUGUUUUGAAAUCUGGAUCAGUUGGGCACAUUCAAAACCCCAAAGAGAGCAAUGAUGUUGUUGAUUCUUCAGAUGAUCAUGCUUUUAAUUGUCCUGAAGCAGGAUGUACCCAGAUCUUCACAAGAUACAGUGAGAUGCAAAACCAUUGCUUAAUCGGCAAUCACACUUACCAGCUCCAAGCAAGGUCAUCUUAUGAUGAUAUAAAAAUGAGAUGGAUGGAUGCAUGUUGUACACUAUCAGAAGAUACUCUGAAAUAUUCUAAAACCGGAGAAGGGGUCACUGAGCAAGUGUGUGUGCAGUCUGAUAUGGGUUGGGCUUUGAAAAAAGAGAGAAAAAGUGCUAGAUUCUCAGAUGACUUGAAAUCAUAUCUUAGUGAUAUAUUCUUGCAAGGAGAGAGUAGUGGAGCAAAGGUACAUCCAUCAGUUGUCGCUAAAAACAUGAGAGUUGCUAAAAAUGAACAUGGAGAAAAAAGAUUCAGUGCAAACCAAUAUUUGGCUGUUGGUCAAAUCUCAUCUUUUUUUUUUUCAAGACUUUCUGCAUUGAAAAAAACGUCCUCCACAGAUAUCAGUGAUGAUGAUUUGGAUGCAGUUCUUUUGAACAUUGCUAGGGCCGAAACAGCUGCAGAAUUUCAGUAGGAAUGACAUAAUUGACUGAGAUAGAAACAUUACUCAUUUUGUGACAAGGACUGAAAUUGUUUGAUACAUAGAUGUAUAUAACUUAUGCAAAGUGUUUUUAUUGUGACAAUAUCUGUAGAUUUUAAAAGAAAGCUGGGUGGUUAACACAUUACUCAUCAGCUCUUAGUAACCUUUAAUUUUUAGAUAUGACGUGCUAAGCUAAAGAAAAUCAUUAAAUUUCAGCUGGUGAACGUCAGUAUUUUUUAAAUAUCUUUAUA